GAAUCUCACGCCCAGGUCCCACAAUUCUCGCUGAGUUUUUGGAUGUUGUUAAUCCAUAAUUUUCGUACUCGGUUUUCGACUUAAUUCGACUUAAUACUUCUGGUUUUGCUUUUCGUUUUCCGAAACCGCAAGAACCGGAAAGGAAAAAGGAAAUCCGGUAUGUUGCGGGCUACAACCUCAAAACGAAGAUAUUCACAAAGCACUACCGUUGUCGCCCCCCCCCCCCGAGAGUCCUCUACAAGAUUUUUGAAUGACGGACACAACUUGCUUCUACAGAAAGCACAGCUAUAACUGGUUCACGUGACAACGAAAAACAGAAACAAGUUAAAGCAGAAGUCAUGAUGAACAUGCAGGAGCAGAAGGGGAUGAACGAGAUGUGUCGUGUGCGGCACGACCAGCACGGAGGUGACACUGACAGCCACGACCCGGAGGAGGGGUGGAACCCGCAGGAGUGCAACAAGGACGCCGUUGUAGUUCCGCAGCCCUCGUCAUUUUCGCCGAGGACGCGACCGAAACAAGGAGGUCGCUCUUCUUUCAUCGGCAACGUGGUUGGUGCUUCUUCUAGUUCUCUGGAUCAACCUUCGCCGCGAGCGGCGGGUUCGAAUUUUGUCGGGAGCGUGCACGAAGAAGAGAAGCAAGAUCAUGCUCCACGACGAGUUGAAGUCAUCGCCACGACCACUGAUGAGAGCAAGGGCGGCAGAGGCAGUGAGAAAGGUACUGUCCCGGCGGCAACUCCUCGAACUAGAAAGCCGACGGGAAGAAACGGCACCAGCAUAGGGAAAAACACGGGUGCCAGCGGCAGUGCUCAUCGUCAAGCUUCUUGUUCUGUCGCCGCGGCGCAUCUUCACAGAAAGCAGGAGCACGUGGAUAUCAAUCAGGAAAUAACCGCGAGGACUGCGACCACGACGGGUUCAUCGAGCUGUCAAAGUAAGAACUUAUCCUGUGCGAAGCCCAGCCACAGCCUCCUAUCUGGGGAACUCUCCCCUCCGAAAACGCUGGAGUCGUUUCUGGGGAGUGUGAUGCAGCAGCCGGCGCCCGAUUCAUCUUUUGAACCGGCCGAAUAUCACCACCUCCACGAGGCGGCCAAGAAGACCACGAGCCCAGGAACCGCUCUUUCGCAGAGCCCGGCUAGCGGUGGGUGUGAAAGCCAUGUCGAGCAGGAUGUCCUGAAAGGUUUGUCACCAGAAAGAGAAAACAGCAAUAAAAAUGUUGCUGACAUGACUAGUGAAGUAGAAGAGGGCACCACAAGGACGCAGCAGCUGGCUGGUCUCAAGGGCAAUCAUUUUAAGGAGCUAGAUGCCCCCGCGCAACAGGAUAUAUUCUCUGAAAAUCAAGCAGCAGAGGGUCCUCAAAAUGAAGACCAAGUUGGUCGACGUCCACACAAAAUGAUCAUGCCCCUGAGCGUGAGCGGUACAACUUCUGACCCUCGGCCGCAAGUUCCGGCCGUUCUACCGGACAUGUUCUGUGCUACACCGUUUUAUGCAAUGUCAUCUGAAGAAGAAGAAAUAGAAAACAAGAACAACGCGGAAAUUGAAUCGGAUUCGGGACAUUCUGACUCGAGUGGUGAUGAUUUGUGCAAGAUCAAAAUUCCAGACCUGGACGAGUUUGAUGACCCAACGCCAACCGCGGGACAGAUAAACUACAACGCGCAAGAACCGAAGCCGGUGGUUUCCCUGCUGGACCUGCCUGACGAUUUGAUCGCGGAUCAGAUUUUCACGAAGUACCUGAACCUGCAGAUGGUUUCUCGCUGCGCCGCGGUGUGCACGCAGCUGAAUUUUGUGGUAAAGCAGUUCUGCCACCCUUACCUGGAGAUGGAGGAGCUCCGGGUGCUGGCGACGCUGCGACCCAUUCCGGAACUCUGGAUGCCGAUUUUGGAGGCGAAGCCCGUGCGCGGAUCAACAUCCUCGUCAGCAACGUCGCUGCUUAGCAACACGCCUAGCAGCACCUUUACCGGUGUUUCUGACCAGCACACCAAUGUCAACAACGCUUGGGCGCGGCGGCUGCGGAAGGUGGCCACGGGCCACCAGAAGCUGAAUAAAAUCUUUAAGCCGUGGGAAGUUUCAACAUCUUUUAUCGAGGGCAGUACGAACGACAAACACGAAGAGAGACCCGCUGCAACUUCCUGCCCUCGUCCCACGACUUCUUCCCUGGGUCAGAGUCUUCUUUUCCUGGAGAAGUUGGCGGACUCCAUGAGCUUGGUGAACGAGCAAGAUAAGACCCAGCAGGUAGAAGUUGAUUACCUGCGGCGCAUGGCGCUCCGCCGCGCUGCGGUCCGGACGUUUAUCCGCACUUGGAUUGGCGGAAUGACCCUGUACGCAAAAGCGUACGAAAAGCAUCUGCAGCCUAACCAAAAAAGUGAAAUGGAAGGGCAUUUGAUAUUUCCGCAUCUCUCGGCCCGGAGCAGAGUAAAAGUCGCGUGUUACGGUGUCAACGUCCUCGAAGGCGAAGAAGAUGAGGAGCAAAACAUUGGAAAUACGCAUAGCAAGAAUCUUGAGAACAAGGAGCGGCCAGCGUUCCACAAUGCGGUUCUUCUUUCUGAAGAGAACGGGAAAAUCAUCUCCACCUCUUCUUCGAAUAUGUCAGGCGGCCUCGAUAUGAGGUUUUCACCGUUGCAGGACGUAGUUCUGAAGCUGGAAAUGGAGAAAACAGUAGUCGGUCGUGCAGGUGGUGUGCCGCACGACCAAGCCGAACAAGAAAUAAACACCGGCGGAUUUACAUCAUCAUCUCCGUUAAUAACAUCGUCCUCUUCUUCGGCUGUUGGUGUUGCAGCUGAAGAUGCCCCCGCGGUUACUAGUAGUAAAAAACCCCCUGCUUCAAGAGCUACAGAGCAACUCAUCGUCCGCGUUGGUAUUUUUGAACACGAUGGUUUGGCAACACCCUCUACUUCCCGCGAAAAUAACAUAAUCUCUCAUGAUGCGCAUUCCACCUCCGCGUCCGCUCCCGAGUCUCUAACUUCCACUGCGCACCUACAGCAAGCGGAGAAGAUGGUGUCAGCACAACAAAAGAAGAAUUGGAACAACAAUUUCUCGAAGAACAAAACUUACAUUUGCCCGCCUUCGGCCCAGGAGGAUUCCUUUGACGUUGCUCCCGCCGGCACGGGAGCAUUAGGCGGAGUGAAAAGGAAAAUCGGAGAGGACAGCGGCAAGUCAUCUUGCUCCGGCAGUUCAGCUGCUGCUGGUGCUAAUACAAAUUCUAGCGGAACAAGAACUACGAUGAACAUUGCAGGAACCACGACCACGAUGGUUGAUGUUGAUGUAGAUGGCCAAGUCAGAAAGGACGUCGAGAACUACAAUGAUCAAGCUGGAACAAGUACAAACUUAAGCUACAUGCUUGGUUUCACAGACGAAAUUGGGCCAGCCGGCCUUCCGUUUUUCGCGCAGAACUUUCUCCAGAUCCAGCUUUCCGCAGUCAAGGAAGCAAUGAAAAACUUGGACGCGUUUUGGGAUCGCGAAUUGGCGCAGUUCGUUUGCGAGGACAAAGGUUGUACGAAAGCGAAGCCCGAACAAAUGGAACAUGUGCUACAGUUUUUGCUCCUGCAGCAAGAGGAGCAGGUUCGCGAGACGCCCGCAUUAUUUGUGCUACCCCAGAGAAAGGUACUACAGGCAGGUCAGAUUUGUAACGCAGAAAUGAACACACAAAAAACAUAUCCUAAACAGCAUGCUAUGGGGCCGCCAGCGACAGAUUUUUCUGUGUAUUUGCUUCUUGCAUUACAAAUAUGCCCUGCCUGCUUUUUAGUUUUUUCUGUGUGAUAGAUACCCACCAAAAACUACGUGCAGGAAGUGACGCAAGCCUACCGUGACUGGUUGCGGGAGAAGCUGGAGCUCCUUUCGAGUGAGCGCCUUGUAGAUAUGGCGUUUUCAAACGUUACAUUCUGCUGUUACAUGAAUUUGUCAUGCAAAAGUACCUUAAGCCGGCAGAUGAUCGAGCUGCUUCGCAUGACAAAUUUCGAAAGGGCUAAACAGCACCUAAAUCUGCGCCAAACUUGUAAUGCAAAAGGCGCAAUCUUCCUCCUUUGCCUUUCACAUUUGCCAUUUUUGCAUUACAGAUCCACGUAACAGUUGAGAAUGUAACAUUUGAGAACUCCAUAGUAGACCCGAAGGAGAAAGAGGAGUUUUUCAAAUACGCCCAGGCGGUGUUUUUCCGCGAAGCGGACUAUCUGCAUCGGGAGUCCGCCGAAGAUUUGGACGACGUAAUGAUCCGGGCAGCGGCACCCCCGCCGACUGGAUCAUCAUCGAUUGGAACAACUCGAGCCGAUACGAGUACUGCCUCGAAUAACUCGACGAACAGAACUACAAGAGAGACGAAUUUUGACUACGGAUUGUCGGCCGAUGAAUAUAUGGAAAAGAUGAAGCUGGAACAAAUGGAAAAAGCAAAAGAAACUGCUUCGGCUGCCGCUGCAGAGGAAGAUGAAGAAAUUUCGUCGGACGGCGACGCAAGCGACGGAGAUCACGGGGACCAGGAUGAACGCGCACAACUUCCAGGUCGUGCUGGAGACGAUGAACAAGCAUCGAAGCCAGCGAAGAAGCGUCCGAAAAGAGCCUCCAACUUGGGGAAAAAAGAGCAAGGGGGUGGGGAAGUCGAUGUUCACACCACGACGACACCGCACAAAAAUAAGAUGACUGAUUGGUACGACGAACGAGGACACCUAGGACAACUGUACGAAAAAAGCAUCGCCUUGUGCCGCAAAACGUCAGCCUUUCUUCCCAACCUGCUGCUGCUCCUCCGAAACAAUUUUGUGUACACCGAAUGGACCCUGUGGGCCGACACGGCUCUCAAUCUUGCCGAGCAUUUGCGGUUGACCACGGCUUUAGAGUUGCUGAAGGAAAAAAGUUCUAGCACCGCGAACUAUUUCUCGCAAGCCGAGCGGGAGCGGCUGGCAGCGCUGCCGGAGCAGAUUGCCCGGUUCGAACAAGAAGUCAACCCGGUGUCGGCGGAGGACUGCCUGGCCCGGGCCUGGUUGAUCUUCUCCAUGGCGAUUGAUCCAAAGUCGUACGCCGAUCGCAAUGACGCUUUUCAGUUUCACGCGGUCUUCCAAGUUUCGCCGGAAAAAGAACGCGGCUUGGGGGUGAACACGAUGAAGCGAGGAACUGAUCCUGUUCCGGCUUCAGGUUCAGGUUUAGCUCCCUCCGCUCCUUUGUCUUCGUCAUCCAGAUUCAUCCAAAUUGGUCCUGAAACUACAAUGGUGCCCGCGGCUAGUAGGACCACGACGACCGGAGGAGCUGGUGCAGCAAGUAGCAUGAGUCAAAACCCCGGGGGCGUGAUGGGCUACAGCCACGAUCUAUACGGAAGAAAUACCAGCAACCCGCCCCGAACAAACAGCACUAUGACACCGACACCAAGCGGAACAAGCGCGAACACCAACCAUGAUUCGGCUUCCGGCAGCCGGGUCAUCUCAAGUCAUGUCGUCAGUCGUGAAGAUACUGCUCCGGCACGGCAGACCGGCACCGAAGAUACCGCUGCCGUCACGACAACCGACGUGCAGCACAGUCCUCAAGAGCAACAACCUCCGCCGCAAGAACGUGUGGCGUUUCCAGAUGAAAAUUACGACGACGAAUACGACCCGGAAGCGGAGACGAAAUACAUGGAAUGGACCUACCAGCAGGAAGAGGAGUACCAUUUUAACGUGGUCACGGAAAAGGUGAGGCUGCUGCAGAAGUUUUUCAUGGAAAACAACUACCGAGGGUGUGAAAGCCACCUGUACUACAGCGUUCAGAACUCCCUGUGUCACAAAGUGGUUGACCUGCGGCGGGGGAAUCCCAUCGCCUUGUGCACCUUCCUGGGGAAUUUGGCAUCGCAGCAGGGACUUCUCGUGGAGUACCUGCCGCACGUGCCGGGCCACGUGUUUAUUCGCAUUGACGGCUACUGCGCGUACGAGGAGGUUUUGGGUGGAACUGGGAAGGAAAACAAUUUUCAUUCCAACAACAAUUCUACAACUCCCGCGGGAACAAGAAUAGCUGGGUCAGGAGCGAGGUCGUCCGGUGGAAAUAACAUCAAUCAGAAUAUUAACUUCUGCCAAACGGAGCAACAGGUUUCGCUGGAAGCGUCACUUAGAGCAGGACUUGGCCAGGCCACUAGUGAUCAUGGUGCAGGCACUGUACAACUACAUGAGGACGGCGACGGAAACUACAUGAAGCGGAGAAAGAAGCUGCAGCACCUGCUGAAAAUGGAGAAGCGCAUUUUUAUAGAUCCACAUGACCCCAACUGCAGAACUUUCGCGAGCGCGAACGAUAUCCUCCUGCGCGUAUUAGUGGUAUCGUGCUCGUAAGUGGAAGUGCAUGCAUGAAGACCUCCACGACACGUGGCAAUCAUAUGCAUUGUGAUUGUUUUUUAUUCAUCCUACCGUCUUUUUUGAAGGAGAUUUGGAUGCUCGACAAACUUGCUAUCAAAUUCCAAGUCCUUGAAUGGUACGAUAUCAUCUUUGCAUUGCAUAACUGAGCUGCGGGAGCAUUUGUUGCGGCAGUGGGGCUUGCUGUUUCAACCGGCGCUGUUGCAGUUGAAGAUGCCCAAAAUCAUGCAAGUCCUUCUCUGGGUGAGCCGGUUAUGAUAGUGCAGCACAACUGUCCCUCAACAUUCCGCCUGCAGGUGGAAGAGCCUAAAAAAGAAAAAGAGCGUUUUACUCCUGCGCGGGAGAUGAUAAGUAUUACAUUCGAAAUAAGACUUGUUUUUAAGGCAGCGUCGCGUUGCUUCUGUCUCGUCCUUUGCAGCUAUUGGAGAUAUUACCAUGACAUUUUUGAAAACCAACGGGCGGAAGAGGAGGCGGCUGUGCACUUUCAUACCAAUUGGUAAAGAAUCUCGGAAAUUGCGACGACAGCGGGGGCUUUAUGCGGGAGGCGCACGCGGUCGAAGAUAUUGCCUCGCAAGUGCACACGGGAUUAAUCGCCAGGUUUCAAAACGACGAGCGCCUGAGGGGCUUUUAGGGAAGAGGUUGGGGAAGAUGUUGAAGAUGCUUCUUGUCGCACCUCUGGUCGAAUUCGAACCAGCCAUGGGCUUGCACUUCUGACGUGUUUUGGGAAAUCUAAUUGUGUACUGUAAAGCAACCACAAAACCAACUCGAACUCUGGGCGACACCUAUCACGUAGUCCAGGGGAUUCCUACAAUCAACGAAUCCUAUUCAAUAGGAUUGGGAAUCAGAAAGAAGACAACUUAAAAGCCAUGAUUGUGUGUUUUCGGAUUGUUUAGUCUCCUGAGGCUUUUCGUCGCUUAACUGUAGUAUUAGAAGAAAAGAAACAUUGCAUUUCGUCAACGUAUGGUAGACAAGACGAUAGUAUAGCGACUUUGAUUUUUGGUAGAUGAAAAGAACAAGAAGAAGAACUAAAAGUCAACGCAGCAAGAUUCGGAUGGGCAUGUCACGCUUGAUCAGGCAAGCAAAUGACUUUCAGGUACGUACUUAAGUACUACGUCAUGCACAGGCUUGAGUAGUGCAGUGCAGGCGCGAUCAUAGGAUCACCUGACACGACUACAGUUUAUUUUGAGGAAAACACUUACCUUAAACUUGAUGACAUUGACUGGCUAGAAAUAUGUGCGAAGCGCUCUUAGAGGUUCACCUUUUUGUUCUCGUUUCAGUUUUAUGGUUCGUUAGGAAGGUAGGGAAAAGGGAAAAGGGUAUGAGCAGAAAGAAGCGACCUGAUAAGUACAAGAACUGAUACAACAACACGUAUUGUUUGGCGCGAUGUGGUAGGCUAAUUCUGCAGAGUUUGGUUUCGACGAAAUGGUUGAAAACGGCUGUAAGAUGAGAAGCUGUGAACAACGAGAAAUACUCAGUCAAGCAUGGUUGCACGAAAUCUAAAGACCACGACAUUAACGGCAUGGCCUUGUAGUUUCCCGACAAGAACGAGAUCCUGUGAAGAUCAAGGCACUACUACUCCGAGUACUACAUGUACAUUCGGAUUCUAUAAAAGGCUCCCCCCAGCCUGAGCAGGCUUCCGGAACUGGCAGCAAAAGCAGUUUCACUUUGUCUUUCUUCGCAUUUCCACUCUGACAUUAGCGAUGCAACGGCAGAUGGUAUUGCGUUUUGUAGACUGGUGGCGCCGCGGUGUGAUGAUGUUUUCAGAUACGGGUACGUAGGCUUUGUCUUAUCUUAUGGAAAAAAAGCAAAAAAUGGAAAAAAGCAAAAAAAAAAAUUCAUCUACGACUCGGCUUACAACUCCUACUCCUGAUGA